AUGAUUGACCCGGCGCAACUAGAGACCUGUACGCGCGAGCUGUGCAGCGCACUUAGGAGCCUUGCGACUCAAUUGGGCAACGUUCAGCUUCCACUUGCAUGUCCGGGGGACGGCCCAGCGCGGGUGAUUUACGCAGAUCCAUCGCAUGAAGCCUACCGUGCACGGGAGUCGGCGUUGGCAAAUCUUAACAAACUACAACUGAUGCUAUUUAGCCCAGGAGACUUUCUACAGCAACUAGCACUCCAGACCCAGCUCUUAGCUUGCAUUCAGUGGCUGGGAGAAUUUCAGGUGCCGGCAUGCAUCCCCUUAGACGGAAGUGCCUUGAUGAAAGAUGUAUCCGACUUGAUCGGUGUCCCAGAGACGAAACUCGCGCGCAUCAUCCGCAUGGCCAGCUUAGGAGGGUUCCUACAAGAGCCAACGCCCGGACACAUCGCCCACAGUCCGCUUUCGGCCGCGUUUGUAGCCAAACCGUCUUAUCUAGAUGCUGCCAUGUUCCUCGCCGGCACUGUGGCGCCCGCCGCGUUGGAGAUGGCCAUCCUCACUAAACAAGGGCGAGAAUCGCCGCACGAGGCGCCACGAGAUGUGAUUUUUCACAAGGGCUUCUUUACCAAAGCAGACAAAACCCAAUUGCCGCGCCUGCAGCGGCAAUGGCAGGCGUAUCUCCGCCACGGACUCGGCCACCAUUGUGACACCGCUACGGAUAUCCUUACGUGCUUGGAGCCGCUCCGAACGAGCAGCGCAUCCGUGGUCGAGGUAGGAGCCCGAUCGACCGAACGCGUGAUCGCCCUGGCCAACAAAUACCCGUCGCUUCGUCUCAUCGCGCAACUGAGCCCGGCGGCCUCGCCAGCCCCAACGGCGAAGUUACAACACCCGCGCAUCCAGCUCCAGCAACGCCUGCCAGGCACCCCGCAGCCGGUCGAGGACGCGGCCGUCUACAUCAUCAACUUCCCGCUUCCCGAACCAGGAGCGACUUGGACGUCUUUGAUGGCGGAGAUUGACAGCGAGCUGCGGGCGCAUCUCACGGCGCUGCAGAAACGUCCAGAAGCGACGGUGGUGCUGACUGCGCCCGCGCUGCCCGAGCGGGGGACGGCGCACGCAGAUCCCGACCUCGGGUCGAGGCUGCGAGAUUUGUCGCUGAUGCAGCUGGCCAAUGAGCGCGAGCACGAGAUGUUGGAGGUGGUCAAUUUGUUGAACGGGAUGGGCGACGGCGAGGGCCGCCUGGUGUUGGUGAAUAAAGUACGGUCUGGGGGACGACACGGGGCUGUUGCAUUGGAAAUCAAGUAUCAGGCUUAUCCCGAGCGCUAG